UUCAGAUGGCUUUGUUCAGUGUGACAGCCGUGCCACCUGUAUUAACCUACCUGGAUGGUACCACUGUGAGUGCAGGGAUGGUUACCACGAUAAUGGCAUGUUUUCACCUAGUGGAGAAUCAUGUGAAGAUAUUGAUGAAUGUGGAACUGGGAGGCACAGCUGUGUCAAUGACACAAUCUGUUUUAAUUUGGAUGGAGGCUAUGACUGUCGAUGCCCUCAUGGGAAGAAUUGCACAGGGGACUGUAUCCAUGAAAGGAAGAUCAAACACAAUGGACAAAUCUGGGUGUUGGAAAAUGAUAGAUGCUCCGUUUGCUCUUGCCAAACUGGCUAUGUAAUGUGCCGACGAAUGGUCUGUGACUGUGAAAAUCCCACUGCUGAUUUAUUCUGCUGUCCCGAAUGUGAUCCAAGGCUGAGUAGUCAGUGUUUACAUCAAAGUGGGGAGAUCAUGUACAAUAGUGGGGAUACAUGGGUUCAAAACUGUCAACAGUGCCAAUGUUUGCAGGGGGAGGUUGACUGCUGGCCUUUGUCUUGUCCUGAGAUGGAUUGUGAAUUCAGCAUACUCCCUGAGAAUGAAUGUUGCCCACAUUGUGUCAUCGAUCCUUGUCAAGCAGACACCAUUAAAAAUGCUAUUACCAAGACUUGUCUGGAUGAAACUAAUGUAGUCCGAUUCACUGGAUCAUCCUGGAUCAAGCAUGGUACAGAAUGUACUCUCUGCCAAUGCAAGAAUGGGCAUAUUUGCUGCUCUGUAGAUCCACAGUGUCUGCAGAAACUGUGAAAACAGUAGGAUAAUCCUGGACAAUUUAUGUUAAAGAAUAAGGACUUAAAAAUCAGAAAUUAAUAAGCCAGACCUGGACCAAGAUUAAUUUGAUACAAUUACAGAAAUGCUAUGAAUUGAAUAAGAUGUCUAGUUCCUUAGUCUGAAUGAAAUGUAUAUGACUAGGAACAAGUUCAGAUGUAUAAACCUAUGUUUUGAUGUGAGAUUCAAGUUUUGGUUCAUGUUUUUGACAUCAUUAUGUAAGAUUCUGGACUACUGAAAAAAAUGACAUGCAAAUGAAGAUGUCAAAAUCCUCAAGCAGGGAAAUGCUUACUAGAGUUUUGAAAUUGCACUUCAUCUAUGUCCAAAAUAUAUUUUUUAAUAUAACUCCACUUGUCUAUAUCCAUUUGUUUAAUUGGUAACUGCAAGAAUCCCCAAAGUUAUAUAAAAGGAUGUCAUUUGGAAAUACAGAAAUUUUUUGCAAUGUAUCUACCGCUGUGAAAAAAAUCCAAUAACUGUAAAACAAUGCACGAUUGCAUAAUGUUUUCUUAUGAAAAAAUCAUCUGUAUAUCCUCAUUUGAUUGCACUUACUCCUUGAUUGAAUUUGUCCAUUAUAUACUCCUUGUGCAAAAUUUAAAUAAA